AUGGACUCCUCUCGAAAAUCACGAUGGGACACGUCAGAUCCCUCGGCUUCCUCAGCAGGACCUGCAAACGCCGUCAACACCGCCGACGCGGCCGCUCAAGCUGCAGCUAUCGCAGCUAAGAUUGCCGCUUCCCUUCGUCCCGGUGCCGGGUCGUUGGGGACUGAGUUGAUCAGGAGGGAAGAGGCAGGAGGGUUCACUCAUGAUAUCGAUAUCAAUGAUUUGAGAAAUCGUUACUUGCUUACCAAGGGGACAACGCAGAAGGAAAUCGCCGAUGCCACAGGUGCAUCCAUAGUCACCAAAGGUGUCUGGGUACCAGACACGGCCCAUCUUCAACCAGGAGAAACCCCUCUCUACCUGCAUAUAUCUGCGACGUCCAAAACUAUGCUCGAUGACGCUGUCAAACGUGUGCGUGACCUCAUUGAUCAGGAUCUUGGACCUUUGAUCGAUGACCGAACUUUGGUGGCCAGAAACAGGGCUUUAGGGUUGCCUUUACCGGCAACUGUGUUGCCCAAUGGUAGACCCAAAUGGCCGGAGGACAAGCUUUACAUCGGAUUGGAUAGUUUACGGAAUUUCAAUAUCAGGGCGAAGACUGUUGGGCCUCAAGGAAUGUUUGUAAAAUAUAUUCAGGCGGAAACUGGUGCUCGAGUUCAGAUCAAAGGUCUCGGAUCUGGGUUUUUAGAACAAGAUACCGGUCGUGAAGCUGAAGAACCGAUGCAUAUCAACAUUGCUGCACCAACGCAAGAACAAGUCGAGCGUGCAAAGGUGUUGUCGGAGGAUUUGUUGGCUGUUUUGAGGGUAGAAUAUGCUAAGGCGCGGGAUGGACCAGGACAAGAGGGAGUGUACCAACAGGGAUACGGAACGUACGCUGCACCGGGUCAAGACCCAUAUGCGGGAUAUUAUGGUCAACAAGGGACACCCGCACAAGGUCAAGAAGGCACUCCUACUCAACCAGGCGCUACACCAGCUCCCGGUGGUCCCCCUCAACAAGGCUCAGAAGCCUGGCAACAGUACGCCGCUUACUGGGCUGCAUACGGGUACGACGUUUUGGAUCCUCAAUUCCAAGCUUGGCAGGCAUCGCAAUAUGGACAACAGGGACAGGCUCCUCCUCAGUGA